UGGAUACCACCAAACGGUACUUUAUCCACGGUUCGAUGUGGAUCGCGUUACCCGCGCAGUCGCAAUCGCGGCCUUAACCGCCAUGGGUCGCUCUCUACGUUCGUUCUCUGCGUAUACGCAUCCAUUUAUCACGAAAUAUUCCCGUCAUGCUGCCACCGGAUGUCCAUUUUCAAAACGCCAGCGUUCGCAAAUCGCUCCAACAGCUGAACUCAACGAGGAAGUUUUUGCAAAUGCCAAACCCUACUCUGAGGUACCAGGACCGAAGCCCAUACCGAUAUUGGGAAAUACGUGGCGAAUGGUGCCCAUAAUUGGACAGUUCGAUAUAUCGGAAUUCGCGAAAGUGACAAAAUUUUUCUUGGAGAAAUAUGGAAAGAUCGUGCGUCUCGGUGGCCUUAUAGGUAGACCUGAUCUUUUGUUUGUGUACGAUGCAGAUGAGAUCGAAAGGAUGUACAGGAGGGAAGGGCCCACCCCAUUUCGGCCGGCAAUGCCUUGUUUAGUGAAAUACAAAUCAGAGGUGCGCAAGGAUUUCUUCGGCGAGUUGCCAGGUGUCGUCGGUGUACAUGGUGAGCAAUGGCGCAAGUUCCGCUCGAAAGUUCAGCGACCGAUCUUACAACCGCAAACGGUGAAGAAAUACGUCACACCGAUCGAGCUAGUCACAGAGGACUUCAUCAGGUAUAUGGAGGAUGCUCGAGAUCAGAACGGGGACCUGCCACAUGAGUUCGACAAUGACAUACACCGAUGGUCGCUUGAAUGUAUUGGUCGUGUAGCUCUUGACGUCAGGUUGGGUUGUUUAUCAAGUAAACUCUCUAAUGAUUCGGAACCUCAACGAAUCAUUAAUGCAGCGAAAUACGCUCUCCGGAAUGUAGCUGUUUUGGAAUUGAAGGCACCAUACUGGCGAUACAUUCCUACACCGUUGUGGACCAAAUACGUUAAUAAUAUGAAUUUCUUUGUUGAACUUUGUUCCCGUUAUAUCAAUGAAGCAUUAGAGAGACUCAAGACGAAAAAAGUAACAUCAGAAAAUGACUUGUCUCUUUUGGAACGAGUAUUGAAGAGUGAAGGGGAUCCCAAGAUCGCAACUGUGAUGGCUUUGGAUUUAAUAUUAGUGGGGAUUGAUACGAUAUCCAUGGCAGUUUGUUCUAUUCUAUAUCAGGCGGCUACACGCCUAAAGCAGCAGGACAAGAUGGCUGAAGAAAUUAGGAGGGUAUUACCUGAUCCAAGUAAACCCCUUACAUAUGCAGAUCUGGAUAAGCUGCAUUAUACUAAGGCGUUUGUUAGAGAAGUUUUCAGAAUGUAUUCAACUGUUAUCGGUAAUGGAAGAACUCUUCAAGAAGACGACGUUAUUUGCGGGUAUCAUAUACCAAAAGGAGUUCAAGUAGUAUUUCCCACAAUUGUGACCGGCAACAUGGAACGGUUUGUCUCUGAUCCUGAGGAGUUCAAACCGGAAAGAUGGCUAGAGAACAAUGGUCGGCUGCAUCCAUUUGCAUCGUUGCCGUACGGUUUUGGAGCCCGGAUUUGUCUUGGUCGAAGAUUUGCGGAUCUCGAAAUUCAGAUUUUGCUUGCUAAGUUAUUACGUCGUUACCGUCUGGAAUACCACCAUGAGCCCUUGGACUAUGCUGUUACAUUUAUGUACGCCCCCGAUGGUCCACUGCGUCUGCGCAUGAUUGAACGAUAAACAGGAAAAUAUUAUUAUCAAUAAACGAUAAUGAUAUUUUUUAAAACAUAUUGGUACUUUAUAAAUAUGAUUUAUAAUGAUAAUACGUACCUUUUAUUUACUUGCGCUUUUAUAUACAGUUAGUAUAAGAUAUUCAUUUUGUAAAAUUGUUUAAGAUUAAUGUAAAUAAAAUAUUUUGUA